ACUGCUGGUUCUGGGACUGGGGCUGAUGAUGGGGAUUCACUGAUCGGUGGAUGCUUUAGUCCGCUCCCGACACUCGCAGCGUUCGCAGGGCUUUCAAGAUGAUCCGCUUAGUAAACAGAUUUUUUUUGUUCCCGCUUCUGAUAUCAAUUUUUGGACUGUGCCAGUCCGAGCGCCACGCACCCUACCCCCCACCACCGCCACCGGACCGCGCGGGGAUUCAUUUUCCCAUGGAUCGCGAUAUUCUGUUCCCGGACUCACACGGGCCGGAGGAGCGUAUGUGGUUUCGCAUAACCGAGUUUAGUUUCGACCGGAUGGAGAACCUGCCCGAGCCGAAGCACAAGCACAGCCACCCACCGCCGCGUCCAGGCCAGCCCUUCCCCCCGCCCCCUGGAGACUUUAAGCGGAGGAAUAAGAACCACAAACGACGUCGCAUCUGCGAGGAGAAAUACUCGGAGUACGUGGAGCGAAUCUUCCCCAACGACACGGCAGUGGCAGCGGAUGCAAACGAUGCCGACUUUGACGGACGAGUGUUGGCCAGGCCGGGACAAUACCCACACAUGGCCGCUGUGGGCUUUCAGACUGAAACUGGGAGCGUGGACUACAAGUGUGGAGGCAGCCUGAUCAGCGAAAGCUUCGUUCUGACUGCCGCCCAUUGCACCUCCAUAUACGAUUCGGUGCCCCAAUGGGUGCGCAUCGGAGACCUCAACCUGGUGGCCGAUGAACGGACAGUGGAGCCCCAACUGUUUCGCAUUCAGGAAAUAAUGACUCAUCCCAGCUACAACAAGGAGUUCUACUAUAACGACAUUGCUCUACUGCACCUCGAACGAGAUGUGGAAUUAACCGCCUUCGUGAGGCCCAUCCGCCUGUGGAUCUUCUCGGAGCUGCCCACCACUAUUGCCUUCGCCAUGGGCUAUGGAGCUACGAGUUUCGCAAAAGCCAUGACGAACCGCCUCACGAAUCUCAACCUGACCAUCGUACCGAACACCGAAUGCAAUACCGAGCUGCCGGCUCUGGCGGAGGCACCUAAUGGGGUUAUGGACAGCCAGAUCUGUGCCCAGGACUACAUCCUCAACCGCGACACCUGCCAAGGCGACUCGGGGGGACCACUGCAGCUUAAUCUGCCAGGUCGUCGGCGGCGACAGAGAAUACACUACCACCUCAUAGGUGUAACUUCGUACGGGGUAUUCUGCCGCAGUAGUUAUCCUUCGGUUUACACUAGAGUGUCCUCGUACUUGGAUUGGAUAGAGCAAGUGGUGUGGCCCGAUUCUGUUUAAACCUGUCAAGUUAAUAGGGAAAGUAAAUAAAGUAUUUUGCUACAUUUA